GCAGCGAGAGAUAACAGCACGGCUCAGUCUGUUCAGACUGAGCGGUCACCGAGAAAAGAGAAACAUCUUCAUAAAAUGUUAUUCAGUCAAGUGAUUCUCUUUGUGAUUUCAAACAUUCCAUAUCCGGUGUACACAAUUUAUCGUUCAUAUGCGGGUGUUAGUUCAUUUACAGGGUCCCGUGCAUUGAUGGACACAUUUAUCAAUAAUCUUUUGUAUGAUAUGGUUUAUCUUGGUUUUGCAUUGACAUUUCCGAAUUUUCUUUUAACGUCAAAAAUGUUUCGACGAGAAUUUCUACAAGUUCUACAGACGAAAAUAGUCCAACGAUGUCAACGACUUAUGGCAGCUUAA